AUCGUCCUCACAUUCCCGCCAAAACAUAGCCCCUCUGUUUUCAUUCCGACUUUUGUUUUCUCUGCUACACUACACCAUUCAACAUCGAGAUCGAGAUUGAGAUUGAGGUUGAGAUGGAUAUGGAGAUGGGGAUGGACAAUGAUAUGGACAUUCCUCUACCAGAAGAGCUCGAAUGGCUAGAAGCUAACUCUCACCUCAACGAUGACUACGAAGAUGACCUAGAACCCCCAGAACCCUACCCAGACGAAGAAGAAGAAGAAAACAAACCCCAACCACAACCCAACAAGCAAAACCAACAACCCACAAAACCCACCCUGUCAAUUCCUCCCAAACCCACACCAAUUACCGACCCAUCAACAUCUCCCAAAACCCUAAUCAAUGGCAAGAAACGCUUCCGAUCCGACGACUCUGAGUUCUCUAAUUCUGACGAACACGCCCAAUUGGAGGAUAAAAGGAGCAGGAUCGAUGAUCUGGGGACUGAAAUUGAUGAUGAAGAUUGGAUUCGGUAUUCGCCGCCGCCGCAAAAUGAGGCCACUGAAGUGGUGGAGCCUGUGGUUGUCGAGGCCGUGGAGAAGAUUGUUUCGCGAUUUGCUUCGGAGAUAAACGGUGAUUGUAUUCCGGUGACUGGAUUGGAUGGUGACAGGGUUUAUGCAAAGAUGAGUAGAGUGGAGGAGGAUAGGUUGAAGAAAUUGGAUGUCAAAGCGUAUUCUAGUGGUCUUAUUUCGGAACCCAUCCAUAUUCUAAUGCAGAGGGUGGAAACGGAGGCUUUCGCAAAGGCCCUGCAAGCUAGUGUUGAAGGUCAGAGUGAUUCAAUCCUUCCUGGAACACCAGUGGUGAAUGAAAAGCUUUGGGUUGAUAAAUAUGCUCCCAAAUCAUUCAUGGAGCUUCUUAGUGAUGAACAGACAAAUCGCGAGGUCCUUUUGUGGUUGAAACAGUGGGACUCUUGUGUUUUUGGAUCUGAAAUUAGGACUACAGGAGAUGAGGUUUUAUCUUCUUUGAGACGACAUUCGUUGGUUGCUCAACAUCAGAAACUCUCUGAUAGGAACUUUUCAAGGAACUUUGCUGGUAGAUUCAGCAAAGAAACUUUCAAAGGUUAUAAUGGUUUAAAUCAAGAAAACAAUGACUGCAAAGCUAUUCCGGAAUUAUGGAACAAGAAAGCCAAGUGUUCUGGUCCACCAGAGAGGAAGAUUCUUCUACUGUGCGGGCCCCCAGGGCUAGGAAAAACAACCCUUGCACAUGUAGCUGCCAGUCAUUGUGGAUAUCGUGUUGUGGAGAUUAAUGCAAGCGAUGAUCGGUCUUCAUCAACAAUUGAAGGUAAAAUUCUCGAUGUGGUUCAGAUGAAUUCUGUCAUGGCUGACUCAAAGCCCAAGUGUUUGGUAAUUGAUGAAAUAGAUGGAGCUCUUGGUGAUGGCAAGGGUGCUGUGGAGGUUAUUCUAAAGAUGCUUGCUGCUGAGAGGAAGUCAGAUAUUGGAAAAGAAAAUGUGUCUAAAGAGGAAGAACAAGGGAGAAUGUCCUCGAGAAAGAAGCAUAAAAGUGCAUCAUUGUCAAGACCUGUGAUUUGCAUAUGUAAUGACUUGUAUGCACCUGCCUUAAGACCAUUGCGCCAAGUGGCAAAAGUUCAUAUAUUUGUUCAACCAACAGCGAGUCGUAUUGUAAGCAGGCUCAAAUAUAUAUGUAACAAGGAAGGACUAAAGGCAAGUUCCAUUGCACUUACUGCACUUGCAGAGUAUACUGAGUGUGAUAUACGCUCAUGCUUAAACACUCUUCAGUUUCUCCACAAGAAGAAGGAAACCCUCAAUAUGUUGGAGAUCAGUUCUCAGAUGGUUGGCCGGAAGGACACCUCAAAAAGUGUUUUUGACGUAUGGAAAGAGAUUUUUCAAAAGAGAAAAGUAAAACAAGAAAGGAAGUCAGCUAGUGGCUGCAGCAGCAUCUCCAAUGAAUUUGACUUUCUGCACUCCAUGAUUUCUAACCGCGGUGACUACGAUUUAAUUUUAGAUGGGAUCCAUGAAAAUACUUUGCAGCUUCACUAUCAUGAUCCAGUUAUGCAAAAGACUGUCAAAUGCUUGCAUAGUCUUGGUGUUUCCGAUUUAUUUCAUCAAUAUAUUAUGCGUACACAACGGAUGUCUCUUCAAGUUUAUCAACCCAGUAUUGCAAUCACUGUGCGUAGUCUGGUAGCACAAAAUGAGAAACCAAAUAUUGAAUGGCCAAAGUCUUUCCAGAGAUACCGAACGAUGUUGAUGGAAAAGAUGGAUAUUCUACGGUCUUGGCACAAUAAAAUAUUACCACAUAUCUCAAGGCAUAUGUCAACAAAAUCUUUUGUAGAAGAUACAAUAUCUUCAUUACUGCAUAUUCUAUCACCCCCAACUCUAAGGCCGGUGGCAGUGCACUUACUAUCAGAGAAAGAGAAGAAUGAUAUGGCUCAGUUAGUGAAUACAAUGGUUUCCUGUUGUAUUACAUAUAAAAGCCUGAAAUCUGAUCCUCUACCCAGUGCCUCAAGACAUGAUGCAGUUUCAGAUACUUCAAUGCUUUCAUUUGAUCCUCCAAUUGGUGACUUAAUAAACUUCAAGGGUUAUACAUCUGGUCAUUUUGUUCUUGCUUCUGCUGUGAGGCAGGUCUUGGUGCAUGAGGUGGAAAAGCAAAAAAUUUUGAAAGGAAGCAUCAACGGAUCAAUGGACCCCAUUGAUGCACGCAGCAAAGGAAACCAGACACUGGCAAGGGAGGAAAAUGGCAGACCACAAUCUUCCACAUCUGGUUCUUCAACUUCACAUGCUGAAAACAUGCGAAGUGCCAAGAAUACAUCAAUCCUGGGAAUAUCUAAUUUGAUUACGAACCAUGUUUCAUCAGCUUCAGGAUCUACUGUAAAUGCCAAAGCUAGUGUACAAAUCAGUUCCCCUGGAGAUACUAAGAAGGCUAAAAAGCCUUCUAGUGGCUCCUUCAACUUCUUUGACAGAUUUAGAAAGUCAAGCAGCAAAGGUUCUCAGGAUACUGACAAUGCAAAGAAUAAGCCAGCAACCUUGGAGAGAGAUUCACGUCCUCUACUAUUUAAAUUCAACGAGGGUUAUACAAAUGCAGUAAAAAGGCCAGCUCGAAUUCGCGAAUUUCUUCUAUAGUGCAAUGCCUGUUUUAAUAUGCAACAAAGAGCUGCUGUUUUCCAUUGUCACAUUUUAAUUUAUAUUCGAUAUAUUUUGUAAUUCACGCCAAAGGGUACAAUGCAAUAUUCUAAAUGAUCUUUGAUGCACAGUGAUAUAAAUAAAUAAAAAAAUCGGUACUAUUGUAGCGUCAUUUUAACCAUAAA